UUUAUAUAUUUUAAAAUGGGAGGUUUUUAGAAGUACCCAAUUCCUCGUUAUGUGUUGGUAAUAAUGAUAACAUAAAUCCUUAUAGAGUGAUGCUUGGCUUUAUAAUAGAUGUUGGUUUAGACAUUCAGUACAUGUUGCAAUUCCAACAUUGAUUCUCUCAUUUCUAAUUUAUAGAGGAGGAGUAGCUUCAUAGACAUAGAAAAUGGGAGAAGAUUAUUAUGUAGAUCCAUAAGAUUAUUAAUCACCAAAGAAAAUGAUUUUCUGAGACUUAAAAUACAAAAAUAUAAAUAUAUAUAAUA